AUGGAGAAGCUGAUUGGUCGUGCCCCUCGCAAACGGCGUCAUCGUUAUGUUGCAAAACAUGGGGGUCUGAUUGAAUUGACCCGGGCAAAAAAACGCGGUUUGUUGACGUGUGGGGUAAACGCUCUCAACGUACCAGAGCCGGGUGUUGGGAUUUAGUAGAAAGGAAAAGGCUUUGAGUGGAAAAUGUAGCUGGCUUCUCAGGCGGAGUGUCUUGAUGCUUCUUCCCCCCGUCCUCCUCAUCUUUCAAUCAUCCAUCAUCUGGUUUUCCUCGUUAACUCUUCCCCGCAUGUUGAGUGUGAUAUUUAGUGAUAACUAGUUCGUAUCGCAAAUUCCAACACACAUGCUAC